GCCUAUCUCCUGUUACGAACCUUUCUUAUCUCCUCUGUUCCCACACUCUCCAUCUCCCCUUCUCUCAAGAUGUCGCGUCAGAAUUUGUUGACCUGCUCGUUAAAAGCCUAUUUCUACUGUAUUCGUCUUGUCUCGGCAAGUACGACUUGAUCAUGAACGUGGAAUCUGGAGGUUAUCCUUACUGUAAAGCUACAGACCAACCGAUGUUUUUCCCUUCAGAUUCUUCCGUAUCGUCAUUAGAACCAACGCAAUACAGAUAACAACACUCUAUAGCGACCAUCAUGAGGACCUCUAGGAUUGCUUCAUUCGCUGCAGCUACCGCCAGCGCGGCUCUCUUUGGGGCAAAGCUAGCUACUGCGGACCUCCCUCCCAUCAUCACCAAGGGAUCUCACUUUUUCUACGAGAAUGGAACCCAGUUCUUCAUUCGGGGGGUGGCAUACCAACGAGAGGUAAGCUCGAACGGCGCAACAUCCGGAGCUUCAACCUUCACGGAUCCUUUGGCUGACGAGGCUGGAUGUGCUCGUGAUAUCCCACUCCUCCAAGAACUGGGUACGAACGUUAUCCGUGUUUAUGCCAUAGAUGCAUCUUUGGACCACUCUGCUUGCAUGAGUAUGCUUCAGAAUGCUGGAAUCUACCUUCUCCAGGACUUAUCGAACCCUUCGUCUUCGAUCAACCGAAAUGAUCCAACAUGGAACACCGAGCUCUUUGCAGACUAUACUGCUGUCAUCGACUCCCUUGCGAAUUAUACCAAUGUCCUUGGGUUUUUCGCGGGCAACGAGGUUUCGAACGAUGUCAACAACACAGAUGCCAGCGCUUUUGUGAAGGCUGCUGUCCGUGAUAUGAAGGCAUAUAUCAAAGCCAAGAACUACCGAAAUAUUGGUGUAGGCUAUGCAACCAACGACGACGCCAAUAUCCGCAUUAACCUUGCACACUACUUCAACUGUGGCGACGAUCCAGCGGAUGCUAUCGAUUUCUGGGGGUACAACAUCUAUUCUUGGUGUGGUGAUUCUUCAUACACGCAGUCAGGCUAUGAUCAGAGAACAGCUGAAUUCACAAAUUACUCUGUCCCAGCUUUCUUCGCUGAAUAUGGAUGCAACACUGUUCAACCCCGUCAAUUUACGGAGGUCCACGCCAUUUACGGUCCUGAUAUGACUGGUGUAUGGUCCGGCGGUAUCGUCUACAUGUAUUUCCAAGAAGCAAAUGACUAUGGUCUGGUAUCUGUCUCGGGCAAUACUGCAAGCAAGCUCCCGGAUUUCACUGCUCUGUCCAAACAACUGGCGCUUGCGACCCCGAGUUCAACAUCCGAAGCUGCCUACACCGUUUCCAAUACCGUUGCACAAGCCUGCCCGGCGACAGGUGCUGCUUGGUCAGCUUCGAGUAACCUUCCACCAAUUGCUAAUUCCUACUUGUGCAGCUGCAUGGUGUCGUCUCUCUCUUGUGUAGCUACCGCUGGCCUGAGCGGGAACGAAACAGCUACGCUAUUUAGCAUUAUCUGCGGCCUGGACAGUAGUGCCUGCGAUGGUUUUGGCGCCAAUGCGACGACCGGCAUUUACGGUCCCUACUCCAUGUGUGACGCUUACUCUAAACUUUCAUUUGCAAUGAAUCAAUACUACCAGAACCACCAGAAGGCGCCUGCAGCGUGUGAUUUUAAUGGGAAUGCGAAGAUACAAUCAGAAUCAAUAAGCUCAUCUUGCUCAUCUCUCCUCAGCCAGGUGUCCACUCGUACUGGUAUCGAUUCUUCGAGCGGUUCACCGGCCUCCUCAGCCAACACGAGGAAUAGUGCCGCUGGUGUUAUUGUCCCCCGGUCGGGUGUGGGUUUAUUGCAGUUCAGUGCAUACCUUCUGACUGCUGGUUUGGCCGGUGCGGUUAUGACGUUGUUGUGAAAGCGCUAUGAUUUGGCUUCGUAUUACCGGUAUCAGAGACCUGCUAGAUAAGCACGAAAGGGCCAUGGCACUUGGAACAAAGCAGUACUUCCUUUUACUUACUCUCGUGUUGGCCUAUCCGGUGCCUUUCUAAGUGCGAACGAUGAUCAUGGAGGAUUGGGUCCUCAUUGUAUAGUACCUUUGAAUGAAUAGGAAAAUGCGUAACUGAAAAUGGCUGCAAAGGUG